CCACCUCCCCCCAAGAAGUAUUAUCUGGUUGAAAAACACGCGUUUGGUUCCAUCCCUGAGAUAAUUGAAUAUCACAGGCACAAUGCAGCAGGACUUGUCACAAGGCUGCGGUACCCAGUCAGUGCAAAGGAGAAGAAGGCGCCCACCACUGCGGGAUUCAGCUACGAAAAAUGGGAGAUCAACCCUUCAGAGCUGACCUUUAUGAGGGAGCUGGGGAGUGGACUGUUUGGAGUGGUGAGGCUUGGCAAGUGGCGCGCUCAGUACAAGGUAGCGAUCAAAGCUAUUCGGGAAGGCGCGAUGUGUGAGGAAGAUUUUAUAGAAGAAGCUAAAGUGAUGAUGAAACUGACACACCCGAAGUUAGUGCAGCUUUACGGUGUAUGCACCCAGCAGAAGCCGAUUUACAUCGUUACCGAGUUCAUGGAGAGGGGCUGCCUUCUGAAUUUCCUCCGACAGAGACAAGGGCAUUUUAGUAGAGAUGUGCUGCUGAGCAUGUGUCAAGAUGUGUGUGAAGGGAUGGAGUACCUGGAGAGAAACAGCUUCAUCCACAGAGAUCUGGUAAAUUAUGAACUAUCCGAUUCCCCUUCAUUGUCCAAAUUCCUUCGUAACGUGGGGUCCGCCAAUGAGCAAUGAU